AUGGAGAACGGAAAGGGGCCCUUUAUUGAACCCAUUUGUGAUGAGAGGGAGAAGCAGCAGCUAAUUGCCCUCAGCUGGCUGCAGCUUCAUGGGGUCUCUGGGUCUUGGGACCAGUUCCACGACUGUGCCAACGUGGCCAUGGCGGGCUGCCCGCAGGAGGCGGCGGCCGUGUGGGAGUCGCUGCGCCAGGAGUCCAAGAAGAUGCAGUUCUCCGGGAACCUCUACGACAUGUGCUCCAACCGGGACGGCCUCCCCCCGGCGGAUUCCGCGGUUCCCCGCGGCUCCCCGGGCAAAGAGGAGGUCAGCCAGGAGUCUCUGCGGGGGGGCGCGGCCGGGCGGGGGGGCGGCCCCGGCCUCCUGGGGCUGCUGCUGACCGCGGCGCUGCUGCUAAUGUGGCUGUAA